UGUGUAUCUACAAUCUACAUGCGACAAGCUUCGCAUUCAUUUCAAGUAUUUAGUCUUUUGUCGGAUCUCACCCUUAGCACACAUGCUGAGGAUACUUUGGAUUUUUUUCAAUCGGUUUCUCUAUGGUUGACCAACCAAGAGACCAAUCAUAGUGUCUGUGUUUAUCUAUAUUUGGAUUAUUUCUAAGUGAAAUUGAAAUUCUUUAAAAUGAUCCUUUUAUUGGGACUUGUUAUCCUCUUUGUAUUUUGUAUAUAUCGUUUAAAUAAGGACUAUUCCUUUUUGGCUUUGUGUAAAAGAAUCAAACGGAUCGAUGGAGGUGAUUUGAACGAGUUGUAUCCUAUUAUCCCAGGAAAGACUAUUUUUGGAAAUAACUUUGAUGUUUUUAAACUGACUGCAGAGGAAAUGUUUACAUUCAUUCAAGGCUGUGUUAAAUAUUCUGGUGGAAGAAGUUUCAUUUGGAUGUUUCUUGAGAGUUCAGUAUACAAUGUUUGUCGAGCUGAAGAGGCUGAAAAUGUUCUCAAUAGUCAAACGUUGUUAACAAAAGGCGUAGUCUAUACAUUAUUGCAUUCAUUUCUAGGAACUGGUUUACUUACAAGCACAGAUAAAAAAUGGCAUACACGUAGAAAACUUCUAACUCCAGCUUUCCAUUUCAAUGUUUUACAAUCUUUUGUAGAAAUUUUUAAAGAAGAAAGUCAAAAGUUCCUUAAGGUCUUAGAGAAUAACGUUGACAAAGAACUUCCUUUAGUUAGUGUUAUUCCAAGGUUUACUCUCAACACAGUCUGUGAAACCGCUAUGGGAGUCAAAUUAGACAAUUUGAGUGACGGUGAUGAAUAUCGAAACCAUGUAAAUGAACUAGAAGCUCGCUUGGUAAGGCGGACUUUAAAUCCUUUGUAUUAUUAUAAUUGGAUUUAUAAGAUUUUUGGAGAAUAUGAUGAAUAUACAAAGCACUUAACAAAGGUUCACAAUUUCACGAACUCUGUUGUGAAAAAGAAACGGGAAGAGUUUAGAAAAACUACAGCCUUGAAUAAUGAACAAUGCGAUGACAUGGGUAAGAAGAAGCGAUAUGCAAUGUUGGAUACACUUCUUGAUGCCGAACUUAAGGAUCUAAUUGAUCAUGAAGGAAUUUGUGAAGAAGUGGACACCUUUAUGUUUGAGGGUUAUGAUACGACAUCAACUUGUCUUAUAUUUUCGUUGAUGAAUAUUGCUCUAAACAGAGAUAUUCAGGAAAAAUGUUAUGCAGAAGUUAGUCAAUUAGAUGACCUUCCAUCGUUAACUGUAUUUGAUUUCAACAAAAUGGAGUAUUUGGAAUGUGUUAUCAAGGAAACCCUUCGUCUUUAUCCUUCAGUACCAUUUAUUACCCGAGAGAGUGUAGAAGAAACCACUUUAAAUGGAAUUAUCUUGCCAAAAGGAUCUAAUAUUAACAUUUAUCCUUUCCACAUUCAUCGUGAUCCUAGACAUUUUCCCGAUCCAUUAAAAUUCGAUCCAAAUCGAUUCUUGCCAGAAAACACUACCAAGAGACAUCCGUAUGCAUUUGUACCUUUUAGUGCAGGUCCAAGAAACUGCAUUGGACAAAAAUUUGCAAUGCUAGAAAUUAAAGUAUUGCUAUCCAACAUCAUUAAAAAUUUUGAACUUUUGCCUGUGACAAAAGAAGAUGAUAUUGUUUUCGAAAAUGGACUAGUUCUUCGAACAAAACAACAAGUUAAAAUUAGAGUUAAAAAACGAAAUUGAUGUAAUUGAAAUUUUAUAUUAUUUUAUGUACAAAUUACAACAAAUUAAUUAAAAAGAAGAAAAUAUAAAUAAAAUUAAGUAAAUGGGUCUUAUAUUA